GCAGCAGCCUCCACCCCUGCCCGGGCCGCCCGCCUGGCCGGUCCGACUCCGAGCGGCGUCUGCUGCAGCCGGGAAGGGAGGCGCGCGGAGGAGCCGCAGCAGCAGCAGCAGCCGCAGGAGAGCGGGAGGCGCCGCCGCCGCUGCUGCGAAGCAAGGGCCCCAUGGCGAAGCUCAAGAAGCUGGGCGUGCUGGUGAUCCUGGCGAUACAGCUGGCGGUUCUCCUCUGCUUCUACUCGCAGCUUGGCGGCAUCUGGAGGAGCAGCCCCCCGCAGGAGGCUCCGGCUCCGCGGGUGCACGUCCUGGUCCUUUCCUCCUGGCGCUCGGGCUCCUCCUUCGUCGGGCAGCUCUUCAGCCAGCACCCCGACGUCUUCUACUUGAUGGAGCCCGCCUGGCACGUGUGGGCCGCCCUGCCCCUGGGCAGCGCCACGGCCCUGCAGAUGGCGGUGCGGGACCUGGUGCACGCCGUCUUCCGCUGCGACAUGUCCGUCUUCGACGCCUACCUGGCCGAGCCGGAGCCGCGCAACAAGUCGGCGCUCUUCCAGUGGGAGGUCAGCCGGGCGCUGUGCUCCCCGCCGGCGUGCAGCUUCUUCCAGCGGAGCGACAUCAUCCCCGGCGCGGCCUGCAAGACCCUCUGCGGCAAGCAGCCCUUCGGCCAGGUGGAGGAGGCUUGCCGGACGUACAGCCACGUGGCGCUGAAGGAGGUCCGCUUCUUCAGCCUCCGGGCACUCGACCCGCUGCUUGCCGACCCCGCCCUGGACCUCCGCAUCAUCCACCUGGUGCGCGACCCCCGGGCCGUCUUCCGCUCCCGGCAGAACGCGGCCGGCGCCCUGGCCCGGGACAGCAGGAUCGCCGCGGGGUCCCAGGGGGGCGGCCCCAGGGAGCGGGAGGCCUACGCCCUGAUGGCGAAGAUUUGCCGGAGCCACGUGCAGAUGCUCGCCGAGGGCCGCCGGGGCGCGCGCGCCCGGCGCUACCUGCUGGUGCGCUACGAGGACCUGGCCCGCGCGCCCCUGGCCCAGGCGGCGACGCUGUACCGGUUCGCCGGGCUCCGCUUCACGCCCCGCCUGCGCAGCUGGGUGCACAACAUCACCCACGGGCAGGGCCUGAGCGCGCAGGCCUUCAACACCGACCCCCGAGACGCCGCCCACGUCUCGCAGGCCUGGAGGGGGGCCCUGCCCUAUGCAGCCAUCGUGCAGCUGCAGGAGGUCUGCAAGGAGGCCAUGGAGCUCCUGGGUUACCGGCUGGUGCGCUCUGAGGAGGAGCAGAAGAACAUGACCUUGGACCUCUUGGGUGCCCAGAAGUCCUUGGCCACGGAGGAAGGCGCAGGCGCGGCCCCUGGGAGCGAAGGAGACCAUGAAGGAAACCCAGAGGCCUAGAGCCGGGUCUCUGAACCCACUGCCCAGGGCUGAGCACAGAAGCCCCCUUCCAGCCUCAGGCAGCUGAGAGAGUCAGGACGAGGAGGUGGCGCUUGUGCCUCUGGGCUGCAAGUCAGCGCUGGGCAGAUAUCACCAUGCAGGGCCCUGUCAUUGCUGCUCCUGUGCCCCGGAAAACGUUGCAGCCGGCAGCAGAGGACAAAGGGAGCCCUGCCUGUCCAGCCUCAGGGCUUCCUUGCGCCUGGGGAGCACCGGCACCCUCCCGCGGACCUGGACCUGCACCCAACCCCAAGACCACCUCUUCACCUUUUGGACGCCUGGGUGGACUGACUGGCUCGGCUUGCCCCGGGAGCAAGCAGGGACCCUUUAAGAACACAGACGAGGUUGAAUUAUCGGCUUCUCAGCCUUAAGAUCCAGUGUAGGAACUAGAGUUAGUUCUGGUCGAGGCACAGCAGAGGCGGCAGCUGCGUGGUCCCCACUCGUCCAGCCUCUUUGGCAACUGGAACAAAGACAGAAGGGGCCCUUCCACAACUCAGGGAUCAGGCGUGAGACGGGGCUCUGGAGCCAGACAGCACGGAGUUGCAUUUGCACCCAGCUGGCAGAAUGGCACACAAUCAAUGCCUGUUACUAGAGACACAGCAGAGCAUUCCCAGACCAUAUGGCCCCACAUGGGGUGGGUCAGUGUCGCACCUGGUGGGGCUCUAACCGACACCAUUCUGCUCACGUUGGCAAGUCAAGCAAGGUUCAGGGUGUCCCUGCAUAAGGUCCCUGUGCGGAUGCAAAGGGAAGGCUGCUUUUCAGCAUUUCCACAGUUCCGAAUGCUGCACGCCAGCCUGCCCUUUCCGUCUGGAGGCUUCAGCAAGGGAAGGGAAGGGCUUUCCUGCUCCCCGUCCUUGAGCUGGACUAGCUGUUGCCCUCCAGAGCAAGAACAGCCAAGAGAAAAGGCAGCCUUGCUUUCUUCAUCCCCAAACCUGCUAGUGGCUGCUGAGAGAGUGGGAGAGCCUCCUUACAGCCAAACUGGUGUCCUGAGAAUACUCUGGGGGGAGGAGGGGCUGGUAAAGUCCCCCACAAAAAGAUCUAGGCAAUGCAGCCAUCCAGGAGGGUUUGCAGCAUGUGAGCUGAAACUGGGCAGGGCAGUGCUGAACCCCAAGCUGGCCUUCUCCUGCCUGAGGGAUUGCCCCUGCUGUCCUGCCCCAAGCGCUGCUGCAGUGUGACCGCAGAGAGGCUUGUCUUCUGCCCCAGUGUUCCCUCUAACGGGGACUCCCAGGUGCUGUUGACUACAAUUCCCAGCAUCCCCAGCUGCAACAGCCUUUGUUGGGGGAUUGUGCAAGUUGGAGCCAACAACAUCUGGGUAUCCCUGUUCGAGGGACCCCUGCUCUGCCCCUCCCCGAGUCAGAGACAGGCAGAGCGUGGCAGUCACGUGUUGGCCAGCUACCACUUUCAUUCAUGGGAAAUGCCAAAGCUCUGUGGAGCUCACACCCCUUGGCAGAAGCAGGGUUAAU